AGCGUCGCAUGCUCUUGCAGGACUCCUCCCCCCGUGAAUAGAAUUGCAGAGUUUCUGCGGACAGCCUAGGUAGGACUUCGUUGUAUACCUCUCACCGAAAAUGAAGAGUCCUGAGAACAAAACAGUUUUAAAAUUCAAAGGUUUCUUUUAAUGGAGCUUCGUCCCUCUUUUUUUUUUUACGAAUUCUCUCAGGUUUUUUAUAUUGUUGCGAGAAAUCGUGGCAUAUUUGAAAUAGCGACUACGUCCACUUGCCGAUGUAUACAUGAGGAAGGACCUGGAAGUAGCUUUUUAUACAGAGUGAUUAGGAAAGUGAUUAGCACGGACGAGUUUUGCGGCAAAGGACUGUGUAAAGUUCUUCACCAAUUUUUAUGAGAUGAGCCUGAUCAUACGUAAUUUGCAGAGCGCUAUUCCAAUCAGGAGAGUCCCACUUCGCAAGAACAUAGAACAACUCCGUUCUAUUUUGGGUGUGCAAAAGUUUGAUCUUGGUGUAAUUUGUGUUGGUAAUAUGUACAUACAGCAACUUAACAAAACUUAUAGACAGAAGAAUAUCCCUACUGAUGUGUUAUCUUUUCCUUUUCAUGAGAAUCUGGAAGGUGGAGAGUUACCCCAGCCCUGUUUUCAAGAUGACUACAAUUUGGGAGACAUUUUUCUAGGAGUAGAAUAUAUCUAUCAACAGUGUGGACAGAACCACAGUGAUUAUAACAGUAUUCUUACAGUGACAAUUGCCCAUGGCAUGUGCCACUUGCUUGGUUAUAAACAUAAUACAGAAACAAACUGGCAACAAAUGUAUGAAAAGGAAACACAAAUUCUGCACAAGUUAAGCAAAUUGACAGGCACAAACUUUGAACCUCUGUCAAAACACCAAUUCUAAAUGUUAUAUUUAUAUGCUGUUUCAUUAAAAU